AUGGAUCUCUAUCCGAUGAAUUUGUCUGAUGAGGAGAUUGACGUUCUGCAUUCCGAUGAAGAAGAAUUGAUGCAUGCUACAGAAGGCGAUGAACAAUAUAUGCAUGCAGAAAAUGUGUACAUGGAUGAAGAGGGAGCGUACAUCUAUGAGGACGAAAUCCAAUAUCGAUAUGAGGACGAAGAAACAUAUGACAACAAUCCAGACUACAAUUCUCAAGAAAACCCCGAAUUCAUUGAUGAACAUUACCUCAAUACUGACAUCGUCUACGUUGAGCAAAAGAAAGCUGAAGAAAACUAUCAUUUGCUUGAAAAUCCUGACAUUAUUGAGUUACACUCUCAAGAUGAUCGACUUAAAAAGUUCCCUGAGAUGAACAUUCUUCCCGCAUUUCAUCGAUUGAUGAAAUUUGAAAAAAAUGGAAAACCAAUUAGAAAGGAUCCGCCAAAACAUAGAAAGCGUCUGAACGCAAAAGAAUCAACUGUUAAUGCGCUGUUAGUGGCAAAUAAAAUAUAUCCUGGAACAGGAGUGGAAAGACGAGCACCUGAACCAUUUGUUCCCCUCAUCAAUAAAAAAUUAAAAAGCGAUUCUGCACUAUCCAAAAAAUUCAAAGUGAAAAUGACGCCGGCAAUGAAAAAGUUGUAUCGGCCGAAACCCAGAUUGUUUCCGGAACCUCGGGACGCUUACCUCAUUCCAACGGAUGAAAUGACACCACUCCCGGAUCGAUAUUUCCAAAAACGUCUCACGUUAACUGCUGAACAAGUUGGAUUCAAUUCGGACUGUGUCGCGUGUGAAACGUGUAAUUUCGUUUGGAGACAAAAAGCGUUACAUGAAUCACACAAAAGCAAACACGACCCCAAUGAAGAGCCAAAAGACAUCAUGAGCAAGAAUGUAGGUCUGCUUUGCCCAAUGCCUCAUUGUAUGACUCGUUGUGACUCAAUUGCAACUGUUGUCAAACACAUGAAAACAAUUCAUAACAUCCUCGAUAUCGCAUUCGAACGAAUUAUUUUCAAAAACUUCAUCGAAUUCAAGUUGUGGAAAACUGAACUCGAGCGUCUCACCAUGUCCAAGUUUUCUCGGUCCUCCGGAAAGCAGAACGUCUUCAGCAAGUCAACUUACUAUCAAUGUCGACUAUCUGGCAAAAGGAACUGUGGUUCGAUCAACACAAGAAAAAGGGACAGUAAGAAGAUUGGGAGAACUUGCACAGCAUUUUUCCAAAUUCGGGAGAACGAUGAUGGAACUGUCCUUCUCCGUGGUUGCACAAAACAUUCUGGCCACGGACGUGAUAUUCAAGCACUUCCGAUCACUGAAGACAUCAAAAUGGAGAUAGCCCAUAAACUGAUUGAAGGCAUGGACGAAGUGCAAAUAGUGGAGCAAAUGCGUGAAGAAUCUGAUCCAUCGGACCGAAGAUACUACUUGCAAAAUUAUGAAGUUCGAAAUGUAUUCAACAAGAUUGACAGCUAUAAGCUUGAAUUCAAGAGAAGGAUGACAAGUGGAGAAAAAAUUCCAAAUCUUGGGGAGACGUAUAGAAGUCCGGACGACCGUCACGGUGUUCUCUUCCCAGUUAUCAAGGCAAAAUUGGCACGAAGCAAGUAUCCGGUUACUGCCAAUCCGGAAGAAAUUGCUUUGGCAGAAGCUUUAGAGGUUCAAUCAGGCGAUUUUCCUCAGGGAAUUCUCAUUGAAGAACCAAAUGCUGUUUUCGAACCUCUGGAAGACGAAAUGCAAUCGGGUGUUGAUGAAUCCAUGAGUUCAGAACCCUUGGAUUCAGAACCCUUGGCUCCAGAUGACGUUAUUAAAGAAACAUUGCUUCCCGAGGAGCCCAAUCCAGUUGUAAAACCGAAGAGAAGCAAGAGGUCACUUCAAAAAUUACUUAACACGGAGGGAGUCGGGAAAAGAGAGGAAGUGAACGUUGAGACAAACGUUAAAACACAGUCAGCACCAGUAACUUCCGAAGCAAGAACGAAAAGAGUCAGCCCAAUUGGUAGAAAUACUGCUAGAAAGCAAGCGGCGAAGAGAAGAAAGAUCGAGCAGGAACCAAUUCGAUACGAGAGCACUGACACAGAGUACGAAGAAGACACAUGUCAAGCAAGUACCUCUAACGUGCUUCCAACUCGUAUAUCAUCCCGGCUUCAGCAAAAAAGAGCAAAGUUGCAGGAAGAGGAAGCAGCGGAGGUACAUGAGGAGUUUCCAUCUUUGAGUUCCACUGGAGAUUCCGUGUGA